GAAAUUUCAUUUCUUUACCAGAUAUAUACAUAUGCAUAUAUUCAAGCAGUAAGAUUAAUUAGAAAGAUCAGUGAACAAGUGUAAAUUAUCUUAAAGUGAAAAACACUAAAAUUAUCAAAAUGAACGGGAGAUUAUUUCAAAUUUCAACGAGAACAAUUUUUCUCGCUAAUAAUGUUAAAAAUUUUAAAAUGAGAAGUAUUGUAAAUCCAAUGAGAUUUAUUCCAAUGAUGUCAUACAAUUCUACCCGAAUGAUGUCAUUGGAAAGAGAUCAGGCAACAAUUUUAUCAACAGACAAAACAAAUACUGAAGCUACUGCAGGAACAAUGGCUGAUGUAAAAGCAAAAAUUAUUGAAAAGAUGGGUUUGAAAGUAGGCUACAAUCCAAUAAGUAGUAAUCGAGAACAUCUUCUUGAGUUAACACCAACGUCAGUUGACCAGCUUCCACCUCGUUCGAUGCAAGAUAGCUUCACUUCUGCUGUUAUUCCUUUGAGUAAUGAUAUUGGCUUACGCGAUAAAUACAUUGGUUUUCUUGGAAACGUUCGCUAUGGUCGACUUAUGGAAGACAUGGAUUUGUUUGCUGUUUGGAUCGUUCAUCAGCAUGUUUUAAUUCCUGACUUAAAACCAGGCGUGCCACUUCCUUAUACUUUUGUUACGAUACUCGUAGAUAAAAUUGAUUUUUCUGACAUUGAAGCAAAACAGGAUGCUGACAUUCGUCUCUCUGGACACGUCAGUUGGGUUGGUAAAAGUUCAAUUGAAGUUGUUGUGUGGCUUGAGCAGAAACAAGUCGGAAAAUGGCGAAAACUUACACGAGCGCUUUUCCUUAUGGCUGCAAGGGGUCCUACAAAUAUACGUUCUGCAAUAGUGAAUCCUUUAGAGCCUCGAAACGAAGAAGAAAAGGCCAUUCUGGCAGGUGGAGAAAGUCGUAAAAAACGACGUCAAGCAAUUCAGAAGUUUGAUCUGCUUAAGACGGAACCAAAUGCAUUUGAAACAAAAUUAAUUCAUGACUUAUUCAUUAAAUCCAUAGACAGUUCAUCGAAGGCAUUUAAUAAAAGAGUACUGCCAUCAAAUUCUAUAUGGAUGGAAGAUGCUGACUUAAAUAACAUCAUUUUCUCACAUCCUGAAGAUCGUAAUAAUCACAAUAAAAUUUUUGGAGGUUUUUUGAUGCGUCAUGGUCUUGAACUCUCAUGGGCACUUGCGUAUAGUUUCUCUAAACGUCGACCAAAAUUGGAACAUAUGAGUGAUAUAAGCUUCCUUCGUCCAGUUGAAGUAUCUUCUUUGAUAAGCAUGUCAGCUCAUGUGUUAUACACAGAAUUGAAUUACAUGGAAAUUGUUGUUUUGGCCGAAAUUCUAGAUCCAAUUACUGGCUCUUUAACAACAUCGAAUUCUUUUUACUAUACGUAUUCAGUUAGUGAACCACUUCCACAAGUUAUUCCAAAAACGUAUCAUGAAGCAAUUUGAAUGGCGCCGAAGAAAGUAGAACCAGAAAAAAAACCAUUGAUAGGUCGUGUAGGAACCAACUUGAAAGUUGGUAUUGUUGGAGUGCCAAAUGUAGGAAAGUCGACUUUCUUUAAUGUGUUAACGAAGUCAGCAGCACCAGCUGAAAACUUUCCAUUUUGUACCAUCGAUCCUAAUGAGAGUAGAGUGCCUGUUCCUGAUGCAAGAUUCGACUUUCUUUGUGAAUAUCAUAAACCAGCAAGCAAAGUUCCAGCAUUUUUAAACGUCGUAGACAUUGCUGGUUUAGUGAAAGGAGCUGCAGAAGGUCAAGGAUUGGGAAAUGCAUUUCUUUCACAUAUUAGCGCUUGUGAUGGUAUCUUCCAUCUUUGUCGCGCUUUUGAUGACCCUGAUGUUACACAUGUUGAAGGCGAAGUUGAUCCAGUUCGAGACUUAGAAAUUAUUUAUGAAGAACUUCGAUUGAAAGAUGAAGAACUUUUGAAUAAGAAUCUUGAAAAGUUGGAAAAGUUGGUUGUCCGUGGAAACGAUAAAAAACUGAAGCCUGAAUAUAUUGAAGUCUUGAACAAAUACAUGUUUCUUACCUCGAAGCCGAUGAUUUAUUUGAUAAAUCUAUCAGAUAAAGAUUUCAUUCGAAAAAAGAAUAAAUGGUUACUGAAGAUUAAGGAAUGGGUUGAUAAGCAUGAUCCUGGUGCUACAAUCAUUCCUUUUUCAGGUGCUUACGAGCAUAAAUUGGUAGAAAUUGAGGAUGACAAUGAACGAAGCAAAUUUAUCGAAGACAACAAAUGCCCGUCAGUCCUCGACAAAAUAAUCUUAGCUGGUUAUAAAGCGUUGCAACUUGAAUACUUCUUUACUGCUGGAGCAGAUGAAGUAAAGGCGUGGACAGUUCAACAUGGAACUAAAGCACCACAAGCUGCUGGCCGAAUACACACUGAUUUUGAAAAAGGUUUCAUUAUGGCUGAAGUUAUGCAUUUUAAAGAUUUUAAAGAAGAAGGAAGCGAAGCUAGUUGCAAAGCUGCUGGAAAAUAUCGUCAACAAGAAAAGGAAAUUAUGGCGAAGAAAACUUACGAUUUACUUUUCAAACUUCUCUUGAUUGGUGAUUCUGGUGUAGGAAAAACAUGCAUUCUAUUCAGAUUUAGUGACGAUGCGUUCACUUCUACUUUCAUUUCUACUAUAGGAAUUGACUUUAAAAUAAAAACAGUAGAGUUGAGAGGAAAAAAAAUUAAAUUACAAAUUUGGGAUACAGCUGGCCAAGAACGUUUUCACACGAUAACCACAAGUUAUUACCGAGGAGCCAUGGGAAUAAUGUUGGUUUAUGACAUAACAAACGAGAAAAGCUUUGAGAAUAUAGUCAAGUGGUUAAGAAAUAUUGAUGAACAUGCAAAUGAAGAUGUUGAAAGAAUGAUUCUUGGAAAUAAAUGUGAUAUGACUGAUAAGAGAAUUGUCAGUAAGGAACGAGGAGAGGCGAUUGCUCGAGAAUAUGGAAUACGUUUCAUGGAAACAUCCGCUAAAGCCAACAUCAACAUUGAGAAAGCAUUUUGCGAGUUAGCCGAAGCAAUUCUUGAUCAAACUUCGGGCAAGGAAAAUAAUCCCGAUAAUCAGUCCAUUGUGGUUGAUCGAAAAGCACAAGAAAAGUAUCCUGCAUACAAAGGAUGUUGUUCUUAAACUCAUAAAUCUACGUCAUACACGCUUCUUUGUCACUUCAUCAAUGUCAAAAGAUGUUUUGUUUAAAAAUAAUAUUUUCCUUAUUUAUUUUUAAUUAUUUACUUAAUCUUUUUACUACCAGAUUCUUUUAGAUAACAAUAAAUCAAUGUAGCUAAUUUAACGUGUUGUUAUUUGAUUUUAAUUUAAAAGUAAUGAUUCGAAAUAAAAAUUUUCCUAAUGAAAUUUUUU